CAAAUAUCAAAAUAAAUUUAUCUAACAUUUUGAUUAUGUGGAAGUUGAAUAUGAUUAGUUAUUAGAAAUCAUUGACAAUUAUCAUGUCGUCUUUGAAUAAAAUACGAAAAAAUAUACCUCACAUAAAACGCAACGUUGAAUUGUUAUUCAAUAAUACUGGUCAGUGUAUUAAAGUCAUAUCUUUUAUUUUAUCAUUUUGUUAUUUUUUUUCAUUCUUUGAAAAAAGCAAGGUAAUAUUUGGAGUAACACCUGGUUAUGUGUUCCCACCGUCUUUUUGGCUAUGGACACCAUUUACCUUUUGUUUUUUUGAAUCUCAUCUGUGGCAAGUACUUCUUGACAUAGCUGUUGUAGCUAUUUGUGGUAAACUUAUUGAACCACUUUGGGGUGAACUUCACUUUCUAAUUUUUUUUGCAAUUGUCAAUAUUGGAGUUGGUUUGUCAUGUGCGAUUUUCUAUUAUAUUCUUUAUGUUUUUUAUAAGUCAACACUUCUAUUAUUUGAAGUGCACAUACAUGGAUUAGCAGGUUAUUUAGCUGGUGUAACUGUAGCAGUUAAACAAAUUAUGCCAGAUAGUCCAGUCAUAGAUACACCUGUUGGUCGUAUAACUAACCGCAAUAUGCCACUAUAUUCAAUAAUUACAUCAUUACUUUUCUGGAUCAUUGGAUUUGUUGAUAGUACUAAACCUACAAUGGUAAUAAGCGGUGUACUUACAAGUUGGAUAUAUUUAAGAUUUUAUCAAAGACACACAAAUGGUACUAGAGGUGAUAUGGCAGAUAAUUUUUCUUUUGCCAGCUUCUUUCCUGUUACUAUUCAACCACCUAUAUCAGUUCUUUCCAAUUCAGUUUACAGUGGUUUAGUAAGAGCUGGUAUUUGUAGAAAAACAGUACGGCGAGUAGAUAUAGCUAGUGCACCAACAGGUAUUACAGUUGCUCUACCUGGUAUUCGAUCUCAAGAUAUUGAUAGAAGAAAACUAUUAGCUCUUAAAGCCCUUAACACUCGUUUAGUGGACAAUACAAAAGAAACAAUCAAGUCAAAUAAUGAUGAAACUAAGAAAAAAGAUUCUGUAGUCAUAAGUAUGGGAGAUUCAGAACUGUCUGCUGAUUCGCCAAAAAAUAAUAUAUCUUCAAAUAUGUAGUAUUCAAAAUUGACAGCCAAAACAUUGAUCAAAUUUAAAUAAAAAUAUAUGUGUACUUGAUAAAGUUUGAUGUACACAUAAACUUAUAAAAACAUCUAUAAGUGUGUAUAUUAUUUUCUAAUUUAUUGUAAAUA